CGGUCUGCUGCGCUGGGAGAUUGUUGACAAUGGUCGGAAAUUUGAAUGCUUUUCCGCGCUGACGCUUUGUUCGACGACAACAGUGUUUUUUGGCAAGAUCGUCGUUUUUGUCGGUUGUUGUCACGCCGUGCACGUCCAAGCACAGAUCUUCCCUCAUUUUUUCUUCUCUCAACGGCGUUCUUCGGUGGACGGUCGACCACUGAUGUGGAGUUGCUGCCAUUUCCACGGCCCUUACAUGGCCGACCUGCUGCACAGGCUGCCUCUGCUACUCACUGCCGUGCUGCUUGUCAUCGUUGUCUUCUUCCACGUCUGUUUCGUUGGCCAGCUCCCUGUCGCGGCUUGCAAAAGGAGGUCUUCCAAGAACGGCGACAGGAUGGACCGACGAAUGACCAAUGGCAGACCGGCAGGCACGACAGCAGGAGCGAGCAAUCGGCAACGCACUGCGAGGUCUGUGGGCAAGCAAGCGUACGACCCCACGUUGUAUGUUCACCUGCCUUCGCAUGAGAUUCCUCUGCCGCCGUCGGAUGACAAGGGGGUAGACAUCAGGUCGCUGAUUGUGCCGUUGGGAAGUGGUUCCACGCAGGAUUGGGCGGCGAUGCAGUCCUACAGUGGCAGGCGGGCGAAGACCCCGUGGUCUUACACGUCACUGCUGAACGAGGGGCUGUGCGAUGACGAUGGCAAUGCAGCUGUCGAUCUGAGCUUCCAGUUGUCGAGCAGCAGCGGAGCAGCGGCGACACAUGCUCGCAUCAUCAAUCACCACCCAGAUGGGGAUUGCACGAAGCAGACGAUGGUUGGUCCCUGCAGACCGUGAGACGGCUACCUCAAACACUUCGCGAGGGCGGUGGGAAUCGAGAUGUGUCCUCGACGCAUUGUAGAGGAGGAGGCGGCGUGGAUCAACGUCCGGAAUGUAUGUGAUCAUCACCUGCAUCACAAAGCGAGGGCGGUGAGAAUCGAGAUGUGUCCUCGACGCAGGGUAGAGGAGGAGGCGGCGUGGAUCAACGUCCGGAAUGCAUGCGAUCAUCACCUGCAUCAUAAAAUGGAUCCGGGACUCCACGUGGACGGCAGCGACAGGAGGACACGUCCGCGGCAGGUGUGCAUGUAGAACGCCACGGCAGGCAGCUGUGGGCGGAGUGCAGGCAGGCCUUGCGUCAAGCUGGAACGGACACAAUAACGAGAGGGGUGCUCGGGGCCAUUGUCUGGAGCUUCCAUCAAUGUCCUCCUACGCGCGCGCAACUGCUCCACUCGUCCAAGCGCCCUCUCCUUCUGACAUCGAAGAACAACGGUCGAGACGGCCACCGCCACGGCCUGCAGCUCGAGUGGCGUCAACGACGCACGUCCACCCUCUCGGUCGCCCUCCAUAUCCGCGACCUGGAGACGGA